UGCUUUUUGUAACGCUGACGCGGGCCUUCGGCGGGAAGAAGCGGCGCUAGAUGGAGUCGCGCCUGGGGCUGAGAGAACGCUUGGAGCACUCGAGGCUGAAGGGAAGCAACGAUGCAGGAGGAACAUGUGGCUUCGUGCAUGCAACCAAUCCCAACACACUUCGUUCGAGCCUUGGGCGAGGGACAGGAGAAAACACGGAAACGGCUGAUCCCGCCGCAGCCGACGACGACAGCGAUGACGAUGCAGACUCGAUUGGUGGAGACUUUAGCGCGAACGAAGACGAUGAAGAGAUAGAGGGCGCCACUAACGAAGAUGAGGAGGAGGAAGACGACGACGACGACGAUGCCAUGUCUCCAGAAAGUCACGCGAUUGUGAGACCGGCACGCAUGAAAGUGAUGCAUAGCCGGUACCCCAACCGGCCCCCCGUAGUCUGCUUUGACUAUCCUCUGGACCUCCAUGUAACUCGGACGUACGAUGCCGGAAUCGUUGUGGAAGAGAUCGACGCGUCGACAAGUUCAACUGUGUUCUUCAAGUCCUACUGGGAGCGCAACUGCAUCAAGAACGCGUUCUUCCGAGCAGGGCUCGUCCGCAUCACGAAAGGGAAGAAGUGGACAGCUGCAUGGACCAAGCACAUGUCUCGGAGUAAGUUCAAGACGCUCCAGCCGCAUCAACGCAUCAACCACUUUCCCGACCCGUGGGUGAUCGGUCGCAAAGACCGACUCAUGAAAACAUUGGUCGCCAUGAAGCGCAAGUUCGGUGCCGACUAUGGUUUCGUUCCAGAGGGGUACGUCUUGCCAUCCCAGCGGGACGUGUUUCUGCGAUGCCUCGACCGCGACGCCAUGUCGCUGUCGCAAUCGCUUUGGAUCGUCAAGCCACCCGCGUCUGCAUGCGGGCGAGGCAUCAAGGUCAUUCAAGCAUCCCAAGUGGACACCCUCAAGAAGACCAAAAAGCUCGUCGUCCAGCGGUACCUGGCAUCGCCGUACCUGAUCCAUGGAUUCAAGUUCGACCUGCGAAUUUACGUCGUCGUCACGAGCUUUGACCCGCUCCGCAUUUACUUGUUCCAAGAAGGUCUUGCUCGAUUUUGCACGGUCAAGUACUCGACAUCGCAUCUGAAGAACCGCCUUGCGCAUUUGACGAAUUUCAGCGUCAACAAGGCGAAUGCAGCGUUCAAAGCAUCGACGUCCACCACCGACACGGACGGAAGCAAGUGGAGCUGGACGGCGCUCAUGGCGUAUCUGGCGGACCAAGGCCACGACGUCGACGGUCUCCGCGCCAAGAUGAAGGCCAUCAUUUGCAAAACCAUCAUCGCGGCCGAGGCGCACAUCACGCCACUCACGCAAGCAUUUGUCAGGCAUCGCAACGUGUGCUACGAGCUGUUUGGAUUUGACAUGAUGAUUGACUCGGCGCUGGAACCAUGGCUGAUCGAAGUAAACGUGUCGCCGUCACUCAUGGGCUCGUCGCCGCUCGACAAGCGCAUCAAGGGCUUGCUCAUGUCGGACAUUUUUCACCUCGUCGGCCAUCCCGUCUCGAUGGCGGCCGCGCCACACGUCCCGCCCCUCUCUCGGAACAUACCAAAACCCCUUGCCAACUUGAAUCUCUCCGCCACAAGUGGCAGCACCCCCACAAAGAAACCUGCUGGAGCGUCAAAGGCAGCGACAGUCGCCCCUCUCGUCGCUCGAAAACAGCUCGUCGAAGUCCUCCACGAUCCCAACAUCCGUGCACUCACGCCAGCCCACCUCGCACUCUUCCGCGACGACGACUGGAAUAUUGUCUUGUCCAUGGAGGACGAAGCGGACCGCGUCGGCCACUUCGAGCGCAUCUACCCUGCCGCCGACGCCGCCUCGUACGCGCGGUACUUUUCCGUGUCGCGGUACGCCAACCGUCUCUGCGAAAAGUGGCGCGCCAUGCAACCUCCUUUCAAACCCCCCUUCGCGUCGUCCUCGCCGACAAAGAGCACUCUGCCGCCAUCCCAUACUCCGUCGCUCACACGGCCAGCGCCAAGGCGUCCCUUCCCGUCAUCUCCACCCAACUCGUUAAAAGUCACGGCGUAGCCGCAGUCGCUGCGACCUUAUAAACCAACAGCAUGUGUCCGUGAAAAGGC